AUAAACUCAGCUGUAUAUUUAUCAAAUUUUCAGUUUAAAUAUCUGAAGCUGAUUUCCUUUUCAUUCUCCCAUUCUUGACUUUCUCCUCUUACAGCUCAAAUUCCAUCAACCCCAUUUCUUCAAAAUUCAACUCCACUCUAAUCUUCUUCUUCUUCUUUUGUUUCUUUUGGGGUUCUUCUGAAUAGACAGACCUUUUCGUGAAAGAAAAAGAUUCAAACCCUGGUUUCAUUUGGGUUUCUUUACUUCAAGUUUUGAUGAUGGUUUCAACUUGUUAGCAGCAGCUUGAAUAAAUACAAGAGAAUUAUGCCUACAGGUGGUGUUAAUUUGGAUUCUCCUGAUGAUUUAGUUAUUGAAAGACAGUUACUAUUAGAUGACACAACUCAAAAUGUAGAUAAAUUUGGGAUUUCGAAUCGCGGGGAACAUAAUGUAGUUGUACUAGAUCAACUCACAAGUCCAUUACGAAGAGAGUUUGGUAACAGGUCAAUGAAGAGUCUUAACAGCGAGGCAGUUGACCUGGAAGCUGGUGCAGAUGACAAAGAAAGAGAUAAGCAGACUCGCAGCAUCAAGCUAGUGAAAGAUCCGAACCAAGCUUUAUUAUCUGGUUUGGCAUAUUGCAUCUCAUCAUGCAGUAUGAUACUUAUUAACAAGUAUGUCCUCUCCAGCUACGAUUUUAAUGCUGGGAUAUCACUGAUGCUCUACCAGAAUCUUGUCUCGGUGGUUAUUGUUUCCACGCUGAGUUUUUUUGGUCUGAUCUCCACAGAGCCACUUACUUGGAAAUUGGUUAGGGUCUGGUUACCUGUGAAUUUUAUAUUUGUUGGGAUGCUUAUCACAAGCCUUUUCAGUCUGAAGUACAUUAAUGUUGCUAUGGUGACAGUUCUGAAAAAUGUUACGAAUGUUAUAACUGCUCUUGGUGAAAUGUACCUAUUCAAGAAGAGCCACGAUAGUAGAGUCUGGGCUGCUCUGUUCUUAAUGAUCAUUUCAGCCGUUUCUGGUGGAGUUACAGACAUCUCUUUUCAUGCUGUGGGUUAUACGUGGCAGAUACUUAAUUGUUUCUUGACGGCAUCAUAUUCGUUGACUUUAAGGAGAGUCAUGGAUACAGUAAAGCAAGUCACAAAAUCUGGAAAUUUGAAUGAGUUCACGAUGGUCUUACUUAACAACACUCUCUCUUUGCCACUGGGACUUCUGCUUAUUUUCUUGUUCAACGAAGUGGACUAUCUUUUCGAUACGCCUCUUCUGAGAAUGCCGACGUUCUGGUUGGUCAUGACAUCAAGUGGAUUCCUAGGCCUUGCUAUCAGCUUCACAUCGAUGUGGUUUCUGCACCAAACAGGGGCGACAACUUACAGCCUUGUCGGAUCACUGAAUAAGAUCCCUCUCUCAGUCGCGGGAAUCCUUCUGUUCCACGUUCCUACUAGUUUUCAGAACUUUACCAGCAUCCUUUUUGGUCUUUUAGCAGGUGUGUUCUUUGCCAGAGCCAAAAUGAGGGAAAAGUCCUAGUCCUGACAUCAGCAGGAACUAAUUUAUACCACGAAAUUAGGUUGCGGUGGUAACUAGAUCUCUGCAAACCAAGUUGACCUUCUCACGUCCAAUUCCAAAGGAAGAUAUGUUACCAUCCGGCAUCGUUAUGGUUUAGAUUCAGAAAGCGGUUUCUUGGAUUGCUGGUAACCUGUCUGGAGUUUGUCUCGAUUUCGCAGAAAACCUGGCUAGUGAUUGUUUCUUGGAUUGCUGGUAACCUGUCUGGAGUUUGUCUCGAUUUCGCAGAAAACCUGGCUAGUGAUUUUCUUCCUGGGAUCAAUUCAUAUUUGAUCGGUAUACGGAUUUUUUUUCUUUUCUUUUGCUAUAUGUUAAAUGUAAAGCUAACUACGCAAAACCAAAAUACUACUGUACUUUUACGCAAAAUGAAGUAAUUCAAUGAUUAAUCCCACUAAACUGGGUAUAAUUUUUU